AUGGCGCCUAUCAAGCCUCACUGGAUCCAGCCAUCUCAUCCUGAGAUUCUGCAAGUCGUCUAUGGAAACGACGAGGAUAAAUUUCAGAGCAAGACCUACUCAAUUAUUCGAAUGCCGCCUAACUCUGUGUUUGCUAAACUUACUGAGCCACCUUGCUCAAUACUACAAUCGCCAAGCUAUGAUACAGUGCAGGUUGCUAAAGAUAUACAUCUGCAACUUAAUUCAGAUCUUAUGUACCUCGAUCAUAGCUGUGAGCCCUCAUUAAUUGUGGAUACUGCUCAGCGAACCAUCUUUACUGGGCCACAAGGUCUCACUCCCGGUCAAGAGCUAACUUUUUUCUAUCCCUCAACUGAAUGGUCUAUGGAUCAACCUUUUGACUGCGAUUGUCGUAGUCAGGAUUGUCUUGGCCGCAUUUCUGGGGCCCGUUUCUUAAAUCCUAAUGAAUUAAAGGGACGCUGGAUUAACCUUCAUAUUUUAGAAAUGUUUAGGGAUUCGGAAAAGAUUCGUUUAUCAUCGGACAGCUGCGCUCCUGACCCGUGA